AUGGCUCUCAAGGGAGGAGAUGAUGCAGUUCAGGGCAAGAUCCAGUCCUACAUCCAUGUGGUGAAGAAGACACAAAAACAAUUCAAGAACAUCAGCAAGAAGUCCACUGCAGCUGAUGAAGAAAGCUGCAAGUUGAUCAAGUUAAUGUCUAAAGCCAGGGAAAUUGCGGCCAUUAUGCUGGAAUUUUUGUUGCAACUCUUGUCGAAGCAAAUUUCCAUAACAAGCUUGAGCAAGUGGUCUCUCGUCUCCAAGACGUUCCAGAAGAGAAGAGUUGUGUGCAAUGAAGAGCAAUUACAGGAGUUGCAGUUGGACAUUAUUGAUCUUGAGCGCAGAGUUGACACUUUGUUCAGGAUACUGAUCCAGAGCAGGGUUUAUCUUCUGAAUGCUCUCAGCUUGUAG